GCUGGGACAACAAAAGGACAUGACUGCCUCGGAUUUAAGCUAGUGAGGAAUAAAGAAUACAGGGGCAGUUCGAGCGAGGAUUAAAGGUUUUAGGACUGAAGGAUUUAUUGGACGUGAUUUGGUUCUGUAAUGAGCAAAAGGACUAUAUCUAAGAGAUCUAUAAACAAUGAUCGAGUGUCACAUCAGGAACAGAAAGACAUUGAAAGAGCUUUGAGACAGUCUUUACUCGAAGCAAAAGCACGAUCCACUUCGAAAACUAAGUCACAAAAACAGCGCUGUUCACCAAGAACACUCAAGACUAAGAGUCCAAUCACUGGACUAAGAGAAAAACAAGAACAAAGUGGAGUAAAAGGAAAAGGUGCAUCUCCUAAAAGUCCAAUCACUGGAUUAAGGGAAAAACAAAAACAAAGUGGAGUAAAAGAAAAAGGUGCAUCUCCUAAUAUUGCACUCAAGAUUAAGAGUCCAUUAAUUGGAUUAAGGGAGAAGCAAGAACAGAGUGUAGUAAAAGAAAAAGGUGCAUCUCCUUAUACUAAACAAAAGGAUGGUAAGACUAAGGGAGAAGUCGCUACUAAUAGUUCUUCUAAACCUUCCUUGCGACCGUCUUCAGCUUAUGUCCCUCCUCCUCCUCUAGAGCUCAUGAAAGAAGAUAUUUUUGUUAUUUUGUCUGACGAAGAUGAGACCAGCUCUUCUACUUCUGAUAUUGAGUUCAUUUCAGGUGUAUACAAAAAGAAGAAAAAUACCGAGCCUACCACGAAAACUAGUCGAAAAAGAAAGUCAAAAUCUGGUGAUUGUUUGCCUGCUAAGAAAACAGCUUAUACCAAAGAGAAGGUUCAGCCAUGCCAUGCUCUGUCUUCUUCUAAAACUUUGCCGGAGGAUUUGACACGCAAAAAUAAAAAGAAGGAUGCAUCAUCACCAUCAUCAAAAGGCAGAUCAUCAAAGGGUAUCCUCAAGAAGGCUCCUCUUAUGUAUGUCAUCUCCAAUGAUGACAAACUAAUCAUUAAGACAUCACCAGCUCAGAGCAAGAGGACACCAUCUCCUAGAGUUCAAAAGAAACUCUUUAAAAAGACACCAUCUCCUUCUGCAGGGAGUCCAUCUUCUACUACUCCUGUUAAAAAAGCACUCUCCUCUUUGAAGAGUCCUAAAACCUCUUCUCUUAAAGAUGCAGUUUCCUCUUCUACUCCACCAAAUAAGAAAACUUCUCCUCAUCAUGGAAAGACCCCACCACCAGCGAUAGCUAAGAAGACUGCAUGUGCACAUAUUAGAAAAACUCCUAUCAAAAAGAUUCUUAAGAAGACGCCAACUAAAAUUAGAAAGACUCCAGUUAAAAAGUCACCUAGUAGCAGUAAGAAGACGGCCACACCUGCAAACAUGUCUGUACAGACUAUCCCAAAAACACCAGAGUCUAAAAGUAAGAAGUCAAAAUCUGUCGAAGAGACAGUCACUGAAGAAGAGAAAGAGAAGCAGGUUUCAUUAGAUGAAGCUGACAAGAAGAGUCUAAAAGUUGAAUCAACAACACCCCCUGUUGAGAGAUCACCUUUAAGUAUAUGUGGGUUUCAAGCACAAAGAAAAUUUCCUGUCAAUACUACACCAACAAGAGCAAUUAGUAGUAGCUGUAAUAAUAAUGUCAAUGAAAUUGAGUCAGUGUCAUUCAUAUCUGAUGAGCUGCUGGUAGCUAAAGAAGUCCCUAAAACUGAAGAUUUUCUCUUGUAUCUCUGUCUAAGAAGUUCUAAUGUGCUUCCAAAGGAACUAAGCUUUUUUGAUGUGCCAUGGACUCCUCCCCAAUUCUCUAAACAAACGAGAGCCAGUCGUCAGAUAGUUCACCAGCCAUUACUUUCUGUUGCUAAGAAAACAGCUGCUAAAAUUUUAUUUUAAUUUUUUGUUAGAAAGAACACCUCAAAUAUAAUACUCAUCUUUGAUUUUUGGAUUUUUCACAAGUUCUCACGAU